CCACGUGCUGUUGUUGAAGGACCCUCCCCGCUUCAGAUUUACCAACAGCAUGAAUCAAGAAAAGUUAGCCAAACUUCAGGCUCAUGUCCGGAUAGGGGGCAAGGGUACAGCUCGCAGAAAGAAGAAGGUGGUACAUAGAACAGCUACAGAUGAUGACAAAAAACUUCAGAGUUCUCUAAAAAAACUGGCUGUGAAUAAUAUAGCUGGUAUUGAAGAGGUGAACAUGAUUAAAGACGAUGGGACAGUUAUCCAUUUCAACAAUCCCAAAGUCCAAGCUUCCCUUUCUGCUAACACCUUUGCAAUUACUGGUCAUGCAGAAGCCAAACCAAUCACAGAAAUGCUUCCUGGAAUAUUAAGUCAGCUUGGUGCUGACAGCUUAACAAGUCUUAGGAAGUUAGCUGAACAGUUCCCUCGGCAAGUGUUGGAGAGCAAAGCACCAAAACCAGAAGACAUUGAUGAGGAGGAGGAGGAUGUUCCAGAUCUCGUAGAAAAUUUUGAUGAGGCAUCAAAGAAUGAAGCUAACUAAAAAAUUUUUUCUGGUGUUUGGAAGCUGGCAUGGACUAGAUUUAACAAAUCAGCUAUGUGGUUCCAAAGUUUUACAGACAUGGAGAACAUCAACUGUUACUCGUUCAGUAAUAUAAAUAUUUUGUAUAUUAAUAAUGCUGUUUGUUCAGCAUUUUUCGGUCAUUUGAUUUUGCAUUUUGCACUUCCUCCCAGGAUCUAUUCUUUUGGUCAAAAUACGAAGUAUUGGUGCAGUUUGA